AUGCAGCCAUUAUUAUGGCUAGAGAAUGCUAUUAAAAAUGGAUUUUUCAAACUUGGUUUGUGGAUUUAUGAUCACUGUUAUUUUUGUUUUUAUGGAUCAAUUAUUUUAACACUUAUCUUAGGUAUUGGGGCAAAAAAUUUUAAAGAAGUUAAUAAUGUACGUGAUCAUUUCUCUGCAGAAGAUUCUCCCUCUAGAAGAGAAUUUGCCAUUGCACGAGAUUUUUUUAAAGAUUAUGGUAAACCAUUUACAUUGGUUGUUGCAUUACAAUCACAAGAUGAUGGUGAUAUUUUAAGACCUGGAUAUAUUGAUAGAGCAAUGGAAAUUGAAAAUUUUUUACAAUAUCAACUUAAUGUUACAUAUAAUGGUAAAAAAUAUGCAUAUUCUGAUUUUUGUGGAGCACAAUGUGAGACGUCUGAUGCUGUUAGUAUAUUUUUAACUAUGUAUAGAGAUUCAAAACAAAGAAAAACAAAUAAUGUUAAAUUAACUUACCCAUCAAUGGAUGUUUUUGGGCAUACAGUAUAUUUAGCUAAUAAUAUUUUUAAAGUUGAGACAUCUGAAAGAUCAAAACUUAUUAAAAGUGUUGGAUUAAUAUCAAUUAAUUUUAAUGCAAUUUAUUCUAAUGAAACAAUGGAAAAAGUUAUGAGUCUUUGGGAACAUGCUGUUCUUGAUUUUUCAUUGUCAUCUGUUAAUGAUCCAUAUAUUAAAGUAUUUACAACAUCAGAAGGUUUAGUUUCAGAAGAAAUACGUAGAACUGGUGUUCAAGCAGCACCAUUAAUGUCUGUAUCAUUUAUUGUUGUUUUGGUAUUUACAAUAUUUUCAUCAUUAGAUAAAGAUGUUGUUAAAUCAAGACCAUGGGAAGCAUUUUUUGGUGUUCUUUGUCCACCACUAUCAUUAAUUGCAUCAUUUGGUACAUUAUUUUGGUUUAAUUAUGAAUUUAUUCCAAUAGUUACAGUUGUACCAUUUCUUAUUAUGGCUAUUGGUGUUGAUGAUGUUUUUAUAUUUCUUCAUUCCUAUCGUCAUACUGAUGAUAAUUUACCGAUUCGUGAUAAAAUUGCACAUAUGUUAGCUGAUGCUGGACCAUCUAUAACAAUAACAUCAUUAACAAAUUUACUUUCAUUUGGUAUAGGAAUAUAUACUCCAACACCAGCAAUAAAAAUAUUUUGUGUUUUUGUUACAGUUUCUGUUAUAUAUGAUUAUAUUUAUCAAAUAUUCUUUUUUACAGCAGUUCUUGUUUUUGGUGGACAUAGAGAAGAAAGAAAUGGUCAUGGAUAUUAUUGGUUUAUUAAUGUUAAAAAUUAUGACAAGAAAAAAAAUACAAUAAAAGAGAAAAGUACUUUAGAAAAGAAAGUGGAACAAAUAAUUAAUAAUUUUGUUGAUUAUUGGGUCACUUUUUCAAUGAGCUUUUUUGCAAAAUGUUUUAUUUCAAUAGUAUUAAUAUUAUAUUGGGGUUUUAGUAUAUAUGGUGUAUUACAAAUAAAAGUUGGUUUGACAUCUGAAAAAUUAUUUUUAGAUGAUUCACCAUUACUUCCAUUAGUUAGAAUUCAAAAUAAUAUUAUAUUUAAAGAAGGUGGUCAAAUGAUUGUUUUUGUUAAUAAUCCAGGAAAUCUUUCUAAUCCUGAUGCAAUACCUGAAAUAAUGAAAAUAUUAAAUAAAUUUGAAACAUCACUUAGAAGUGUUGGACCAUCAAGUAGUCAAAUGUGGUUAAAUGCAUAUCUUCCAUUUAUUGGUUUACAAAAUAGAGGAUCAAUUGAUUUUAAGUAUAAAUAUCUUCCAGAAUUCUUUUCAUUAACUGAAUAUCAUAAAUGGAGUCAUUUUGUAAGUAUUGGAAAUGUUAGUGAUUGUUAUAUUGAAAAUCCAAAUUGUAUUCAUAAAUUUUUCUUUUCUACUGGUUUUGCAAAUGCUAUUGCAUGGUCAGAAAGAUUAGAAUUAUUACAACAUUGGAGAGGACUUGCAGAAGAGUUUCCAAAUUUUAAUCUAACAAUAUAUGAAGAUUUUUCAUUGUAUGCUGAUCAAUUAUUAUCUAUUCCUCCUGUAACACAGCAAACUGUAUUUUAUGCUUUAUUAUGUAUGACAAUUGUAUUAGUAUGUUUUACACCAAAUAUUUCAACUAUUAUAUCUGGAGUCGCAAGUAUUAUGUCUAUUAACCUUGGUGUAUUUGGAUUAUUAUAUUUUUGGGACAUUGAUUUAGAUCCAAUUUCAAUGGCGACAACCCUUAUGGCUAUUGGUUUUUCAGUAGACUUUAUUGCACAUAUCAGUUUUCAUUAUUAUAAAAGUGACCAUGAUGAUCGCCGUGAAAGACUAACUCAUGCUUUAAAAUCUAUUGCAAUGCCAAUGGUACAAGCUGGUUCAUCAACAAUACUUUCUAUACUUGUUCUUGCACUUAUUCAUGCAUAUAUGGUACAAGUAUUUGUUAAAGUUGUUACACUUGUUGUUGGUUUAGGUAUGAUGCAUGGACUUGUUGUUCUCCCUAUUGUUUAUACAGCUUUACCAUUUAGUAAAAUUGUGCCAGAAGAACAAAAGCAUGAUAAAAAAAAAAAAAUUGUGCCGGUAACAGAUAAUAUCUCAAUUCAUUCUAUUAAAAAAACUCCUCCACUUGAAGAUGGUCUUAAUUAUUCUUCAACAACUGAAGGAUAUCCCAAUACAAAAUAA